AUGUACGUUUUCUGCGACUUGUGUACUCCCACCGUGUGUACUAAAUGCCUUCCAACUCACACCACUCUCGCCGAUGACGCGAUUGCCCUCUCCACCGCGCCCUAUACCAUUUGUGCUACCGCCUCCAGUGACGGUGUCCGCGCCGUGCAGGGGAUCGAUCUAGCGAUUGCUGCCCAUCUCCGACCCCAUCUCGUCAACCUCCAAAUCAGCUUCGAAAUAAUGUUCGGCCCGCUCAACAAGUUGCCCUUGGCCGUUACUCCACCCAUACCGUGUCGCCGCGGUCUCCACGUCAUCACUGCCAGAAAAGCAUUCUUCUGCCGCGCCUUUUCGGGCUCACAACUUCUACUCAUCAUCAACGAGCCGAGUCCACGUAUAGUUGAUCGAUUUGCGCAUCGCCGCUCCAAUACCCUCCUCUGUAACGUUCCCCGCCAGCACAUCGCCGCCGUUCAUAAUAUCAUCGCGUCUCUCUAA